GGAAAGAUGGCGGCUCCUGUUGAAGCAGUUCAGCCGCUGGUGCAGUAUUUGGUUCUGCGAGGGGACUUGGCGCGGGCUCCGUUCUCGUGGCCGUUAGGAGCGCUGGUGGCACAGGGGUGUCACGCGGCCAUCGCGGCCUUGCAUGCCCACCGCGACCACCCAAAUACCGCGGCUUAUCUCCAGGAUCUGGGAAACAUGCGCAAAGUUGUUCUUGAGGCUCCAGAUGAGGCUGCCCUGAUGGCACUGGCUGAGACCCUGAAACAGAACAACAUUGACUAUAUGCUGUGGCUAGAACAGCCAGAAAACAUUGCCACCUGCAUAGCUCUUCGGCCUUACUUCAAAGGAGAGGUGAACCCACAUUUGAGGAAGUUCAAGUUACUGAAGUAACCAUCAUGUGUGAGAGCUAUUUUGGACAAAUGGGACCCAGAAUCUGUGUGUCACCCAUCUCUUGGCAUCUCUGCAAAAAGUGUGUCUACAACUCCCUGACAUAACCCACAUUUGCGCUCAAUAUUGGCAGUUUCUUUAGGGGUAGUUGCGAGCAGGUUAAUUUCUGAAUAAAUUUCAACAAAUAAACAAUUCCUCUUUCGGUGAAGGUGAGAAAGAGGAACAACCACAGAA